AUGGCCGCGCUCGUCAACGCCCUCUCCUACCGCCUCGCGGUCGCUGACCGUCGAUCGCUCCGCCGCAAUCCCGUCGCGACCUCAAACCCACGCGCCUCGAACCUGGUUGUUCGCGCGGGAUGGUUCGACAACAACAAGGACGUCGACGGCCGCGACCCAAUGUACGAGCAACAGCAGGAGAUCCUCCGCAGACGCCGCAAGGGCGGAAAUCUCGAGAGCGAGGUCAGCAAGCGCCGCGCUAAGGUGAGCGGUUUCAUGAAGGGUACGCUCGCGAAGGAGGAGAUGGACGCCAUCAAGGCGAAGAACAAGGCCAAGGCUGACGACCUCGCCAAGGAGGCUUUCAAGGGACAGAAAGGCUGGAUAUCGUUGCCCGGGAUGGCCAUCGGCAUGCCCGAGUUCGACGGCGGCGAACGAUUCGACCUCCGCGCGCCGUACGCCGACGAGGGAUGGGUGGACGAGAACGACACCGGGGGCGGCUUCCUCGGCGGGCUCUUCGGGGGCAAGAAGAAGGAGGAGAAGAAGGCCCCGCCGCCCAAGCCCAAAAAGAAGGGCCUCUUCGGUCGGUGA